CUCUUGUCUGAUCAACGAUGGGAGGUUUUUUCUCUGUUCCCUUUUCAGGUGACCAAGUAGAGAAAGAUGUUUCUUACCUUUCAUGCUUCCAAGCGAGUCACAUUAGGAUUUUUGAGGAGAAUCUCGCUGCUAUGCAAAGAGACAUGGAAGAGCUCAAGGCAAGCCAAACUGAUGUGUUGAGAAGGGUCGAGAGGGAGGAGGAUACUAGAAGUAUGCAACGGCUUCCAGAAGUCAAGGUAUGGCUUAAAAAUGUUGAUAACAUCAGUAGGCAAGUCAGUUAUCUGAUUAGUCGUAGAACUGCUGAACUUGAAAGAUUGUCUGUUAGUGGGUUAUGCUCAAAGAACUCAAGAUCAAACUACGGUUAUGGGGAAAGGGUGUCUGUGAUGUUGAAAAAGGUCAGUGAUCUCAAAACUAAAGGAUUUUUUGAAGUUGUGUCUGAGCCAGCUACGAAAACACCUACCAAGGAAAAGAAGAGACUAUUCAGUUCCAGACCGGCUAUUGUUGGUCGGGAAACGAUUCUCAAGAGGGCUUUGAGCCGCUUCGUGAGUGGUGGAACCAGGAGUAUAGGUCUGUACGGUGUUGGUGGUGUAGGAAAAUCCACUAUUCUCCGAGAGAUCAGCAACAAGAUCACUGCCAGAUUUGACAUUGUGGUUUGGGUUGUUAUGUCUCAAGAUUUGCGUGUCGAGAAGAUUCAAGAAGAGAUCGGUAAGAAGCUAGGCUUUCAUGGGGAGGAGUGGAACCAAAAAGAGGAAAGCCAGAAGGCCAAUGAUAUACACAACUUCAUGAAGGACAAGAGAUUUGCGUUGUUACUGGAUGAUGUGUGGACGAAAGUGGACUUAAGAAAGAUAGGAGUCCCAUCACCAACAAAGAAAAACAAAUGCAAAAUAGCAUUCACCACCCGCUCUCGAGAAGUGUGUGUGCAGAUGGGAGUUGCUGACCCUAUUGAAGUCCAGUGCCUUGCUGAGAAUGAUGCUUGGGACUUGUUUCAGUUAAAAGUUGGAGGACACAGUUCGAAAAUCCAAGAGAUUGCAAGAAAAGUUGCUGAAAGAUGUCAUGGUCUACCACUUGCGCUGAAUGUUCUUGGCGAGACCAUGUCUUGCAAAAAUAAGGUACGAGAAUGGAAUGGUGCACUACAAGUUUUGGCUUCUUCACCUACCACAGAAUCUGCAGGAACUGAAGAUGAAAUUCUCCAGAUUCUCAAGUAUAGCUAUGACAGUUUGAAGGGAGAAAAGUUGAAGUCAUGCUUCCAGUACUGCUCUCUGUUCCCUGCAGGUUACAUGUUGAGUAAAGCUAGUUUGGUUAACUAUUGGGAAGCCGAAGGAUUUUUAGGUAAAUACGGUGGCAGCAUAUCCCAGAACCAAGGUUAUGAAAAUAUCGAUACACUUGUUCGUGCUGGUUUACUGAUGGAGGGUGAUGACAAUACGAAGUUUGUUCAAAUGCACGAUGUGGUUCGUAAAAUGGCUUUGUGGGUAGCUUCUAAUCUUGUGGAUGAAGAAAGAUGGGUUGUGCAAGCUGGUGUUGGGUUACAUGAAGUGGUAUCUGUUCAGGACUGGACCAGGGUGAGAAGGAUGUCACUGAUGAAUAAUGAGAUUAAAGAGAUAUCUGGCUGUCACGAGUGUGAUAAACUUACGACCCUCUUUCUCCAACAAAACAGCAACUUGGUGCGUAUCUCUGGUGAGUUCUUUCAGUGUAUGCCAAAGCUAGUUGUAUUGAAUAUGUCGUUCAACGAGCUCAAGGAAUUGCCAGAGGAGAUAUCAGGUUUGCUCGCUCUGCGAUAUCUCAACUUGUCACGGACCAAGAUAGAGCGGUUGCCUGAUGGUUUAGGAAGGUUGAAACGUCUUAAACAUCUCAAUCUGGAAAUGACGAAGAGACUCAAGAGCGUUAAUGGGUUAUCAGAUGUAUCAAGUUUAGGGGUAUUGAGACUACAAGGUUCGAACGUUACUCUCGAUGCUAGCACAAUAGAGGAGCUUCAACACUUGACACGACUAGAAAGCUUAAACAUAGACAUCUCCUCAAGUUCAGCUUUGAAGCAGUUGUUUAGAGCUCAUGAGUUGGCAUUUAGAAUUGAAGAGGUAUGUAUUAGAGAUACUCAGGAUGUAGCAUGUCUAGUUUUGCCAACAACAAUGGAGCAACUCCGUAAGCUCACCAUAAAGAGAUGUGGUGUAGUGGAGAUAGAGAUUGGGAGGGUAUCAUACGACACGUUUCUGAUAAAGCCAACACUAGCGAACCUCUCAAGUGUGAUUAUAACUGGCUGCAAUAGACUUAAGGAUGUAACGUGGCUGUUGUUUGUUCCAAAGCUUGCUCACCUUAAGCUUCAAAGUUUAGAUAAGGUAAAAGAGAUCUUAAGCGAGGAGAGAGCGGCAUGUGAGCAAAACGCUGGAGGAACAAAGACCCCGUUUGAUAAACUUGUAAGGCUUGAAUUGAGUAACUUGCCGAUGUUGAAGAGCAUCUACAGAAGUCCUCUUCUCUUCCCUUGUCUAAAGAAGAUUGAUGUAGAAAGGUGUCCAACACUGAGAAAGCUUCCACUCAGUUCUGGAAGUUGCCUUGGUGGUGGUGAUGAACUUGUCAUCAGUUACAGUGAUGAUGAGUGGAUGGAAAGUGUUCAAUGGGAAGAUAAAGCCACUGAAGAACGUUUCUUGCUUUGCUGUGAAAAGGUCAUCAUGCCCUCCUACACAGGAGAUCUGUGAAGCAAAGCCGUUUUUUUUUUUUUUGUGUGUUGCUGCUAUAUCCUUUUGAUUCUUCUCUUUUUGUUUGAUUGGAUUGUAUUUGAACCACAAAAGAGUUAAAUGUUUUAUCUAAUGAACAAUGUGAUAUCCUUUUUUUUGCUUUACUCUGUUGAGACUUCAAAA